CGAUACCAGCUAUGAAUUUCAUCGUGCACGGCAACAACUCCAUAAUGAUGUACUUGGAUCUUUGGAUCGUCGCCCAUCCGAUUAACAUUCCGCACGGGAUUUAUCCGUUGGUUUUCUGCGGAAGUUACGUGGUGUUUAGUUUAGCGCAUUAUUUGGUAAAUUCCAACAAUUACUACCCGAUUUACGUGAUACUGGAUUGGUCGAAACCUUCGCAAACCGCCGGCCUGAUCGUGGCGCUUUUCCUGGUGCUCGUCGUCUUCCAUUUGCUUGUCUGUUUGACUGCCACGUUGAGACGAAACCUGGUCUGCAGAUUGUACAACAAAACGCAGUAAAAAAUACACCGGAUAAGUCGAUUAAUCUCCAUUCAAACACCUCCAGACCUCUUCUCUUCUCUAACAGAGGUGUCCAUCUCAGUUUCCUGGGGGUGGAUCCCCAGAGCAUCAAGAAGCGACGAAAGCGCCGCCCGGCGACCGAUCGGCGCACCUCCCAGAAAAUUUCAGCAGGUUUCCGUAAACAUUUCGAACGGAGUUGGCGCUUCGAGAGUCGGCGACGAGCCACCUACGCGAAGGAUUCUCUCGGGGACGCCUGUAGCCAUGGUAACGGGGGGCAUCGACGCGCCGACUCAUCGCUAAUAUACGACUCCGGUAAUCUCGACACACUCGCACACACACAAACACACACACACACGAGUACACGCACGCAUAUACACCGCACCAGUUCCGUCCCCCGCGAAACGAAGAAUCGAACAUUCGGAGGAGAAGAAGAAGAAGAGUAUCAUCGGGCAUCCAUCCGCGGUGUAGUGCAGAUGAGGCGAUGGUCGGCGAGCGGCGCGCCGCGACGCCCCGUCUACCGCCAGUGAAUCCUCGAACCGCCCCGAUCAGCUGAUAUACGACCACACCGGAUUAUCGACGGCGUGCCGCUCCGGCGGGUGAUUGUUUCGGGUCGUCCGUUCGACAGUCAAAUGUGAUUAGAAAAGAAACAUGUGCGAGGAGGUGACUUCGCCCGGCUUCUUCGGCCGAUCGGGCGCCCUGGAGACGUUCGUGCGCGGCAACUGGUAUCGCGUGUUCGUCAACUUGGAGGAGGACUACCUCAGCAUCACCUUGGACGAAUCGUACGAAAAUACGACCACGUUGAACGGUACGUUGAACAACAACAUCGAAACGCCGAGCGGCCUGAGCGAUCUGCCCGACAUACCGGAGGCCGUCGCCAACCAGAAGCGGCUGGUGCACGUUAUCAAAUCGGAGAACAACGGACUGGGCAUAUCAAUCAAAGGCGGCAGGGAGAACAAGAUGCCUAUACUGAUUAGUAAAAUCUUUAAGGGGAUGGCGGCCGAUCAGACCGAGCAGCUUUACGUCGGCGAUGCCAUCCUGUCGGUGAACGGCGAGGAUUUGAGGGAGGCGACGCACGAGGAGGCCGUGAAGGCUCUCAAGCGGGCCGGAAAAGUCGUCGAAUUGGAAGUCAAGUAUCUGCGAGAAGUGACGCCGUAUUUCAGGAAAGCCAGCAUAAUUUCGGAAGUGGGCUGGGAGCUGCAAAGGGGAUUCCUGUCGGGCGCGCCGCCUGUCGUGAGGUCUCCGCAAAGGGCCGACACUCGAUAUCUGCCCCUGCAAUUAUGUCAUCUGGCAAGGAACUUCAGAUUUCCCGAUCCAGAAAAUCGCACGUUAGAACUGCAUUCUCCGGACGCCAUCCACAUAUGCGUGCUGCGCGCUGCCGAUCCGGCCGAAGCCAUCACUUGGUUCAAUACGCUGCAUUCCGCCUUGUCGGUGCUCACCACGGCUGCAUUACACGACGCUUCCAGGGCCAUUCCGGACUUGAGGCACAUCGGAUGGUUGCUCCGACGACCCAGGACUGAGACGAUGUCCAGCUCGGAAUCCUCCGAAGACAUGGACAGAUGGACGUCGGUGUUCGCCGCCGUCACCGACAGCGAGCUGCGCUUCUACGAGAGCGCCCCGUGGUCGGGCGAGGCGUGGCGCGCCCCCGCCGAGGCGUACUCGCUGAUCGCCACGCGCCUGGUGGGCUCCGGCAAGAAGGUGGAGAUGCCCGAGUUCAGCAUCCGCUGCGCCCUCGCCGAGGGCGUCGUGGCGCACAUGCUGCGCGCCGAGACGCACCGCGACCUCGCCGCCUGGGCGAAGGCCCUGGUGAACGGCAGCCACGCCAGCGCCGUCACGCAGAGGGAGCUGGUGUGCAGGUGCGUUUGGAAGGGAAGGCCGGUGCAAUUGGUGAUACAUUACGAGAACGGGUUCACGUUGCUGGACGUGGGGACGGGGUCGAAGACGCUGUGGAGGUAUCCCUUCGACAGGCUGAGGAAUUCCUCCGACGACGGGAAGCGGUACCUCUGGUUGGAUUUCGGUAUCGAAGGGGAGGACAUCGAGUUGGAUAUGGAAGGGUGUCCGAAACCGAUCGUAUUCAUCUUACACAACUUCUUAUCUGCCAAAAUCCAUCGACUGGGCUUGACGGCUUGAGGGCUGCGCAAAAAACACGGGAGAAAUCUACUUCUCUAACGAUUGACUCGAGUCAAUUAAUAAUUGUACAGAAGAUUAUCCGCUAAACUAAUUCAUAACGUGAACAGUAUUAAUACUCAACAAGAUCGACAAGCGCGAAUGGAAAGAUUAAUGUUGGUUUGGUAAUUAAUCAAAAUAUCGUUGAUUUUUAUGGAUGCGUCGUAACUUCCUCUCUGUAUCGAUGAUUUAAAUAAAAACAAAAUGAAGUUUGGAAUUAUCACGUUGAUUGGGGUUUGUUGGAUUGGAAUGGAUAAAAAAUUUAUCAGACUGUAUCAAUUUCAAUCAAAAUGUUGAACAAAAUAAAUAAACAAAAAUUCUGUAUGUUUGUACAUGUUGGGUGUUUUCUCGUACUCAUUAUGUCCUACUUAAAUUAACCUGAAAGAAUUUGCCUAUAAAAGAAUUUACAUAUUAAUAAAUUAAUUUAAACUAUACUAUUAAACAUUUUUGUAUUAGUAUCUAUUACAAUUGUAUUAAGAUAGGCAACGAAACGACUCUCUUGUAUUUUUAUUAUAUCCAUCAUUGAGUAUAAAUAGAUGAUUUUAUACUUUUAUAUUUAAGUCAUGAAAUUGUUUAUAGUUAACUCUCCAACGUAGAUGAAUUAAGUUAGCUUUAUAGCCUCUAAAAACGAUCGAUUUGUAAACUGUUUUCUCAAAAUUACACUAUAAAGUAACUUAAUACAUUUUUGUAUAUCUCUUACUAAAAGUAAGUAUCAUACAUAGUCCAUUUUCUCGGUAUGGAAGAAUGAAAGGUCAUCAAAUGCUUUUAUCGUUAAAAGUAAGGUAUAGAACAAUUGGAAGAAUGGUUAGUGAAUUUUUUGUAAAUACAUAUUACCUAAUGGUCAUGAAAAAAAAAAUGUUGUAGAAG